GCUAACUCCGCUUCCCGUGAGAGUUUGCUCAUGCUGGUCCAGAGUCUGGAUACUGAGUUUGGUGUCGCAGAAGAACUCUGGCUUUAGGCAGUCUGGAAUAGGUAUGAGUGAUUUCAGUGAAGAAUUGAUAAGGCCCACAACAGAGGAUGAACAGGAGGAACCGCGUGUGCCCUCUGGUACAGGAAUGUGUCUUCCUUGGCUCCAAAAGCAUAUAGAAACCAUAGCGACUGGAGGAAGACAGGAGAAGGAUUUUGCUCAGACAACAAGUGCUUGUUUAAGUCUUAUCCAAGAAGCUCUGCUGAAGCACCAGUGGCAGCGAGCUGCAGAAUACAUGCACAGUUACUUUCAGAUCUUGGAAGAUUCAGAUAGCAACAAAAGACAGAUUGCACCGGAGAUUAUUUGGAGGCUUGGAAGUGAAAUUCUUUAUUAUCAUCCCAAAAGCAAUGUGGAGACUUUCAAUACCUUUGCUGACCGGAUGAAAAAUAUUGGUGUCAUGAAUUACCUGAAGAUCUCCUUACAACAUGCAUUAUACCUUCUGCAUCAUGGUAUGCUUGAGGAUGCGAACAGAAAUCUCAGCCAGGCAGAGACAUGGCGAUAUGGUGAAAAGUCGUCUUCUCAGGAAGUGUUAAUCAACCUUAUUCAGGCCUAUAAAGGGCUUUUGCAGUAUUAUAUUUGGUCCAAAAAGAAGAUGGAAUUGUCUCAGCUUGAUGAGGAUGAUUAUGCUUACAACACAGCAUCCCAGAAUAUGCUCAACCACAGCUGGAAGACAUCUAUAAACCUUUGUGCAUUGAUUCAAAUUCCUGGAGUUUGGGACCCUUUUGUGAAGAGUUAUGUAGAGAUGCUGGAAUUCUAUGGGGAUCAAGAUGGAGCUCGAGAGGUGCUUACCAAUUACGCCUAUGAUGAAAAGUUCCCAUCAAAUCCAAAUGCUCAUAUCUACUUAUACAACUUUUUAAAGAGAGAGAAGGCACCAAGAGAGAAACUGAUAAGUGUACUUAAGAUUUUGUAUCAGAUUGUACCAUCUCAUAAACUGAUGUUAGAAUUCCAUAGAUUACUGAGAAAAUCAGAAAACGAAGAACACCAUAAACUGGGGUUGGAGGUAUUAUUUGGAGUCUUAGAUUUUGCUGGAUGCACUAAAAAUAUAACUGCUUGGAAAUAUUUGGCAAAAUAUCUCAGACAGACUUUAAUGGGGAGUCAUCUUGCCUGGGUUCAAGAAGAGUGGAACUCCAGGAAAAACUGGUGGCCAAGCUUUCACUUCAGCUACUUUCGGGCAAAAAGUGAUUGGAAGGAAGAUAAAGCUUUGGCUUGUGAGAAAGCUUUGGUAGCUGGGUUACUGUUAGGAAAAGAUUGUAGAUAUUUUCGGAAUAUUUCAAAACAAGAUCAUCAAGUCUUAAAGAAGAAAAUUAAGCAGAUGAAGAAAUCAGUGAAAAAAUACAGCAUUGUAAAUCCAGGACUCUGAUACUGAAUUUUAGUUACUUCAGAUUAGUAGCUACAGAGUCGUAACUCAGUUGAUAGCUUUAAAUGUAUUUAUUUAUUUGGUAUUUUAAGAAGGUAGCUUAUUUGGCUAUGAAAAAGUUAUUUUUAUAUUUUUUUAUAUUUUCUUUUACUCUCCGUUAUAGCUAGAGAAACAGUCUCAUUGCCUUUGCUCUUUGUAAAUAUAUUUUUUCUUUUUUUUGUACUGUUAAAUGUAACAUUUAUUAAGGAAUAAUCUUCAAAUAAAAAUAUAUUUGUUUAAUCAGAGCAUAUAGCUCUACAGCAGUUAUUGCUGUUUGCAGAUAAUUUGCCUCUGAUAAUUGUGUAAUAAAAUAUAACUUGUGGGACUGUUAAA